AUGGCCUUCGUUCCCGGAAAGAUUAUGUUCAACCACGGAACCCAUAGCUUCGACGACGUCCAGAGGGACCCCAACAACGCGUACAGAGUGGACAACGAUCGAUCUGCCUGGGCGAACAAGGUCAAGGGCUUUCCGGUCGCCAAUGUUCGGGUCGACCGCGCAAAAUGGGUUCGUGACUGGGACAAAGGGAUCGAAAAAAGUGCAGGAUCAGUGGUGCCGGUCUUCAUCACAGCCCUGGAGUUCCACUCCCAGUCGUACCAUGGGAAGAAGGUCGAACGUUCGGACUACGACAUGCUGCGCAGAGUCCGGUUGUGCACGGAUGCAAAUCAUCAACAGCGCGCCGAGUUUCUCAGGAGCGUUUUCGAUAACCCUAUGUUCGCUCGCCUUCCCGCCAAAGACUGGUUUAUGCUUAUCAGUGCCAAGAAGAGGCGCGGAAUUCUCGACGAGGCGGUUGAGCAAGCGUGCUGGUUCAGUAUCUUCGGUCAGGACGCUCGCAUGCUCUGCCCUGAAAUACUCAUCUCUGCGAUGAUGAGGCAACACGGGUCCGAGCUCUUCGACUUCUACGACCGCUACUUUGAAGCCAUUUCGUCUAAGCAAUACGAACCUGGGAAGGAUGCUAUGGUCCAAACCGAGUGGUGGUCCAGAGCGUCGACUCUUGUGGCCAGUCCACCUCUCGCGCAAGAGACCCUGACCUUUCUCUACGAUCUUUACACGUGUUUUCGGAGAGACUUCAUAGACCAGUUUAUCUGGAGAUCGUCCCAGAUCCUCUACCUCGCUUUGGGCGACGAUCUGUUUAACAACCGCACUGCAAUACCUAGGCUGAUCUUAAACCUGGGGCACAAUUACGACGUUCACGAACUCGUCUCUGCGAGGAAACUGCACAAGGACCGAGCGGUGCUGCGUUGCGAGUACUGCGAGUGUAGCGCCGAAGAGAUGGGUAGUGGUGCCCGCUUCCUCGUUUGCGGCGCCUGCAAACGCCAGCUCAAGUUCGAGUACUUUUACUGUUCCAAGGAAUGUCAGCGACUUGACUGGCCUCAGCACAAGGUCUGCUGUGGAAAAGAGAAGGUGUCCAAAAGCCGAGAGGAAGGUCGACAGGAGUACAAGUGGUCGGUUGCCCUCGUGCUCCAGCUCUCCCUGCAGUGCCAAGACGAGAAUGCCGAUUACUUCCUUUUCAAGCGUGGCUCUCCCAAGCCCGACAUCCUUCCUUUCAAGGUAGCUUUCGUGGACGAUGACAAAAGGGAGCUCUUCAGGGAGAAACGAGCCUUGGCCAUCCUGGACGCGGAGCGAGAUGGUCUGGACAUCAUAGCCAAGUGUCUGGUGGAUACACUCGAAGAAGAUCUGGUCGACUCAGGCCUCAGCAGGGAGAGCAUCCUACAACAGCUCACAGAAGAGUACGAGGUCGACGUGAGGUCACGACUGGAGGCACUAGAGGCGGAGCUGGCGAUGGAAGGCGACGAGACUCGGUAUGGCGAGAAGGAGGAUGUGCACCAGGAGAAUUGCGAGGAUACGGAGGAGGAGGAAAAUGAAGAUUAUAAGACGAUCGACGUUAGCGAGCGGACUUUCUUAGCCGUUAAACAGACUCAGGAUAUUGCUGCUAUCUCCCAGCUUCCAGGAAACGCGUAUCGCCUAGACAAUAAUGAAUCUGUGUGGGCCAACAAGGACCGUGGUUUCCCAGUCACCGACGUACGCGUUAACCGGGACAAGUGGGUCCGUGACUGGGACAAGGGCGUCAAGCAGCUUGAAGCGGACACGAUUCCGGCGGAGAAGAUCUUUCUGGCGACCAUAUGGGUUCACAACGGCGCCCAAGUGAGCAGACCGCUAAUCCAAGAGGACUACGAUUUCGUGAGCACCGUUCGGUCGUCUACGGCCUCCAACCACCGGAUGAUGUCGAGAAACACCAGGGCCGUGUUCAACAAUCCUCCGCGACCAGCUGGACACAGCCCCAAGGUCUGGUUCACGCUCAUCAGCAAAGACAAACGCCGCGAUAUUGUAUUCAAGUCCAUCGAGGAGGCAUGCUGGAUCUGCGUGCUAGGUCAAGAUGCCCGCGCUUUAUGUCCCGAAAUCAUUGGUGCAUCGCUAUUGAAGCGACGAGGGCUCGAGCUCUUUGAUUUCUACGACUGGUACUUUGAGACGGCGCUAUCUGACCCGCAAGAGGCCCCAGGAGUAUCCGAGCGGGACAGGAUGGUGCAGACGGAGUGGUGGACCGCCGCACUGGAGCAAGAAUCCAUGCCGCCCGAACUUCAUCCGAAUACCACCCUUCUCUACGAACUCUACACCUGCUAUCGGCGGGACUUCAUUGACCAGUUCGUCUGGCGCUCCUCACAAGCACUCCAUCACGCCUGGUUUCAUGACAUGUGGGAGAACAACUCUGCAGUCCCUCGAGUCAUCUUCAACGCUGGCAGCGGGAUGGCGGAUAUCCUGUCUGCGAGGAAUCUCCAGAGUCGAACGGGACAGCACUGCGAGACUUGUGACCGCACGCCUGGAGAAGUGGGUGACAAUGUCCGCUUUCUUGUAUGUGGUGCUUGCAAGCAGAAACUGAAGAUCGAGUACUACUACUGCUCCAAAGAAUGUCAGCGGGAGGACUGGCCUGAUCACAAGGUCCAUUGUGGAAAGGAGAAGGUCUUCAAGCGCGUGCAGGAAGGUCGGGCGGAGUACAAACGCUCGUUGUCACUCCUCUUGCAAAUGCAGCUACAAAGGGCGGAGCCCGAUGUUGACUACUUCCUCUUCAAAUCUCGCACCAGCCUUGCGACUGACGGUUUUACACAUCCUUUGAAAGUAUCAUUCACGCAUGACGACGGCAAGAAGGCGUUGUUCAGGGCUACCCGAGCUCUGGUUGCUACGGAUGCGGACCGCACGGGGAUCGAUGUUCUCGCGGAGUGCCUCAUGGAUGCAAUGCGUGAAAGCAGCGCACGGUCGGGUAUUACAAGAGACAACAUCAUACAGCAACUCAGUGAGGAGUACGAAGUCGAUGUGAAGGCGCAGGUGGAGUUGCUGGAGGCGGAUUUAUCGGUGGAAGGCGCCGAGGAGCGGUAUAGAGGCAUGCGUAUUGGUGAAGUAUACUAUCCGGAAGAACUGUACAAAUUCUUGGAAGCCGAGAGACAUAUGGCUUGGGACGACGAGUAAGGCAGGGGGGCAGCCUGAGCAGGUUUCAACCUUGGACUCAGUAAAGAAAGCACUUUAUCAGUAUCUUGAGGAUGCUUGGGUUUGGUUAAUACAGUAGUAGACGUGUCGAAAAAGCUAAUCGACACUUAGUAAGUAACGCUGGUGGGCCCGACCCCGGAGCGCCCUCGGUAUGAUAUCUCAAGACACGCCUCCGCUGCUCUCCGGCAUUUAGACGGCAAGGGGU